AGUAAGACAGGUGCCUUCAGUUCACUCUCAGUAAGGGGCUGGUUGCCUGCAUGAGUGUGUGCUCAGUGUCACUGUGGAUUGGAGUUGAAAAAGCUUGACUGGCGUCAUUCAGGAGCUGGAUGGCGUGGGACAUGUGCAACCAGGACUCUGUAUGGAGUGACAUCGAGUGUGCUGCUCUGGUUGGUGAAGACCAGCCCCUUUGCCCAGAUCUUCCUGAACUUGACCUUUCUGAACUAGACGUGAACGACUUGGAUACAGACAGCUUUCUGGGUGGACUCAAGUGGUGCAGUGACCAAUCAGAAAUAAUAUCCAAUCAGUACAACAAUGAGCCUUCAAACAUAUUUGAGAAGAUAGAUGAAGAAAAUGAGGCGAACUUGCUAGCAGUCCUCACAGAGACACUGGACAGCCUCCCUGUGGAUGAAGACGGAUUGCCCUCAUUUGAUGCGCUGACAGAUGGAGAUGUGACCACUGAGAAUGAGGCUAGUCCUUCCUCCAUGCCUGACGGCACCCCUCCGCCUCAGGAGGCCGAAGAGCCGUCUCUACUUAAGAAGCUCUUACUGGCACCAGCCAACACUCAGCUAAGUUAUAAUGAAUGCAGUGGUCUCAGUACCCAGAACCAUGCAAACCAUAAUCACAGGAUCAGAACAAACCCUGCAGUCGUUAAGACCGAGAAUUCAUGGAGCAAUAAAGCGAAGAGCAUUUGUCAACAGCAAAAGCCACAAAGACGUCCCUGCUCGGAGCUUCUCAAAUAUCUGACCACAAACGAUGACCCUCCUCACACCAAACCCACAGAGACCAGGAACAGCAGCAGAGACAAAUGCACCUCCAAAAAGAAGUCCCACACACAGUCACAGCCGCAGCAUUUACAAGCCAAACCAACAACUUUAUCUCUUCCUCUGACCCCAGAGUCACCAAAUGACCCCAAGGGUUCCCCAUUUGAGAACAAGACUAUUGAACGAACCUUAAGUGUGGAACUCUCUGGAACUGCAGGCCUAACUCCACCCACAACUCCUCCUCAUAAAACCAACCAAGACAACCCUUUCAGGGCUUCUCCAAAGCUGAAGUCCUCUUGCAAGACUGUGGUACCUCCGCCAUCAAAGAAGCCCCGGUACAGUGAGUGUCCUGCUACCCAAAGCAACAACUCCACCAAGAAAGGGCCCGAGCAGUCUGAGCUGUAUGCACAGCUCAGCAAGACCUCAGUGCUCCCCAGCGGACACGAGGAAAGGAAGGCCAAGCGGCCCAGUCUACGGCUGUUUGGUGACCAUGACUAUUGUCAGUCUAUCAAUUCCAAAACAGAAAUACUCAUUAAUUUAUCACAGGAGCUCCAAGACUCUAGACAACUAGAAUAUAAAGAUGCUCCCUCCAGUUGGCAGGGGCAUAUUUGUUCCUCCACAGAUUCAGACAAGUGCUACAUGAGAGAGACUCCAGAGGUGAGCAAGCAGGUCUCUCCUUGUAGCACCAGGAAACAGCUCCAAGACCAGGAAAUCCGAGCUGAGCUGAACAAGCACUUCGGUCAUCCCAGUCAAGCUGUUUUCGAUGACGAAGCAGACAAGACCAGUGAACUGAGGGACAGUGAUUUCAGUAACGAACAAUUCUCCAAACUACCUAUGUUUAUCAAUUCAGGAUUAGCCAUGGAUGGCCUGUUUGAUGACAGCGAAGAUGAAAGUGAUAAACUGAACUACCCUUGGGACGGCACGCAGUCCUAUUCAUUGUUUGAUGUGUCCCCUUCCUGCUCUUCUUUUAACUCUCCAUGUAGAGAUUCUGUGUCACCACCCAAAUCCUUAUUUUCUCAAAGACCCCAAAGGAUGCGCUCUCGGUCAAGGUCCUUUUCUCGACACAGGUCGUGUUCCCGAUCACCAUAUUCCAGGUCAAGAUCAAGGUCCCCAGGCAGUAGAUCCUCUUCAAGAUCUUGCUACUACUAUGAGUCAAGCCACUGCAGACACCGUGCACAUCGAAAUUCUCCCCUGUGCUCAAGAUCACGUUCAAGAUCACCCUAUAGCCGUAGGCCCAGGUAUGACAGCUACGAGGAAUAUCAGCACGAAAGGCUGAAGAGGGAAGAAUACCGCAGAGAGUAUGAGAAGCGGGAAUCUGAAAGGGCCAAGCAAAGGGAGAGGCAGAGGCAGAAGGCAAUUGAAGAACGCCGUGUGAUUUAUGUUGGCAAAAUCAGACCUGACACAACACGGACAGAACUGAGGGACCGUUUUGAAGUUUUUGGUGAAAUUGAGGAGUGCACAGUAAAUCUGCGGGAUGAUGGAGACAGCUAUGGUUUCAUUACCUACCGUUAUACCUGUGAUGCUUUUGCUGCUCUUGAAAAUGGAUACACUUUGCGCAGGUCGAAUGAAACUGACUUCGAGCUGUACUUUUGUGGACGCAAGCAAUUUUUCAAGUCUAACUAUGCAGACCUAGAUUCGAACUCAGAUGACUUUGACCCUGCUUCCACCAAGAGCAAGUAUGACUCUCUGGAUUUUGAUAGUUUACUGAAAGAAGCUCAGAGAAGCUUGCGCAGGUAACAUGUUCCCUGGCUGAGGAUGACAGAGGGACGGUGAAUACCUCACGGGACAGCGCGUCCUUCCCUAUCAGACUAUUGCAAGUCAUACUUAGGAAUUUCUCCUACUUUACACUCUGUACAAAAACAAAAACAAAACAACAGCAACACAAAAACAACAACAAUGGUUUACAUGAACACAGCUGCUGAAGAGGCAAGAGACAGAAUGGAUAUCCAGUAAGCACAUGUUUAUUCAUGGGUGUCAGCUUUGCUUUCCCUGGAGUCUCUCGGUGAUGGUGUGUGUGUGCGCAUGUAUGUGUGUGUGCGCGCGCGCGCACACGCGUGCCUGGUUUGGGGAAGUGUGUAUGUCCAGGUGGGGACUGGGGGCUCCUGACCAGAGUGUGCCAGGGCAAACCGCUUCAAAUGGCAGCAGUUCCAAGAAGACACACGUAAAACCUAGGACUUCAAAAUGUUCGUAUUCUAUUCAAAAGGAAAAAAAAAAUGAAUAAAUUCAAAAGGAAAGAAAACUAACUAACCAACCACAAACCAUCCUAAAAUGACAGCCGCUGAUGUCUGGGCAUCAGCCUCCGUACUCUUGUUUUUUUAAGAAAGUACAAAAUCAACUUGAAGCAAGCGUCCUCUCAUAACGUAAUGAUUCUAUGACAAUCCCGAAGCAACCACAGGUUCCGUAGAACUAAUAUCCUUUCUCUCUCUCUCUCUCUGUCUCUCUCUGUCUCUCUCUCUCUUUCUUUUUUUUUUUUUCCUUUCUGCCAUGGAGUCUGGGUGGGAGAGGAUACUGCGGGCACCGGAAUGCUAUGCUUUCCUAACAUUUUGAAGUUGCUGUCGUUCGUCCUUUAUCCUGACACCCAUGUAAAUGUCCAAAAUGUUGAUCUUCCACUGCAAGUUUCAAAAGCCUUGU